GGAUAGCAACAUGUUAUCUGAAUAGACUAUAUAUAUUAUGAUUCUCAAUUGUGCAUUUAUCUGUUAACCAUUCGGAAUAACAAGUGACAAUGGUGCCGCAAAUCAAAUACACAAAGCUUUUCAUAGACAAUGAGUGGGUGGACGCGAAGAGCGGGAAGACUUUCGAGACCUUCAACCCUCACGAUGGAUCUGUUAUCGCCAAAGUUGCGAGAGGUGAUAAGGAAGACAUUGACGCUGCAGUGAGUGCAGCCAAGCGCGCCUUCCACCGCAACUCAGAGUGGCGCUUACUUGACGCAUCGAAGCGUGGCGAACUCCUCAACAAGUUCGCGGAUCUAGUGGCGCGUGAUAUCGCAUAUCUAGCUGAACUCGAGUCUUACAAUAAUGGCAUGGUUCUGAAUAUGGCAAAGACAUUUAUAGGAACCACACCAGCAACAAUCCGUUAUGUCGCCAGUCUAGCAGAUAAGAUCCACGGAGAUACAAUACCAGCUGACGGCGAAAUUUUUUCAUACACUCUGAAGCAACCAGUUGGUGUUUGCGGUUUGAUAUUACCUUGGAAUGGUCCAAUUUUAAUGUUUCUGAACAAAGUAUGUACAGCAUUGGCAGCUGGUUGCACUGUGGUGGUGAAACCCGCGGAGCAGACCCCGUUGACGGCGCUAGCGUUGGGAGCCUUGCUCAAGGAAGCCGGUGUUCCUAAAGGCGUUGUCAACAUCGUGACAGGAUUCGGGGAAGAUGCUGGAGUAGCCCUUACGCAUCACCUCGACGUUGCCAAGAUAUCGUUUACAGGAUCUCUUGAGGUAGGCAAACUAAUUCAGAAGGCGGCUGGCACUAACAACCUUAAACGAGUAACUUUGGAGCUCGGCGGCAAGAGUCCCCUCGUUAUAAUGAACGACGCUGACUUGCAACAAGCAGUGCCUGUUGCUGCGAUGGGUGUAUUUGGUCUGCAGGGCCAGAUGUGCAUUGCAGCUUCACGUUUAUACGUCCAGUCUGGUAUUUAUGACAAGUUUGUUGAAGAAUCUGUCAAGUUUGCCAAGAAUUUGAAAAUCGGAAACCCUGCUGAUCCUUCUACAAUGCAUGGACCACAGGUAGAAGAAGUAAUGAUGAACAAAGUCCUUGGCUACAUAGAGAAGGGUAAACAGGAAGGCGCCAAGCUGCAGACUGGAGGGAAACGCGUCGGCACCACUGGCUACUACAUCGAACCCACUGUCUUCUCUGACGUCACCGAUGACAUGACUAUUGCAAAAGAGGAAAUUUUCGGUCCGGUUCAAAGUAUUCUAAAGUUCGAUACACUUGAGGAGGUGGUGGACCGCGCCAACGCAACAAACUACGGACUAGCUGCAGGAAUAUUCACAAGCAACAUCAACACUGCACUGCAAUACAGCAAACUUGUCGAGGCAGGCAUUGUUUGGGUCAACACCUAUUUAGCAUUCAAUCCUCAAUGUCCCUUCGGUGGUUUUAAGGAAUCUGGAAUUGGACGUGAAAAUGGCAUGCACUGCGUCGACGAGUAUCUGGAAGUUAAGACCGUCACAAUCGCCUUGCCUAAGAAGCUUUAAACUGAGGUUUUUGGAAACUAAAUUAAUGAAAGACUCAUAUUUAAAUAAUUUUUAUUGUAGAAUAAAAAAAAAUACUACCUUCCAAAAAAUAAUUGAAAUUUAUGUACAGGACUCCAAAAAUAAAUUUGGUAUGCAUUGAACCAUAAAAACACGUAUUGGAAGGAUGAUAACAUUAUUGGGAUUUUAAUAUUUUUUUAUUGAACUUAAUACCUAUAAAGUUCAAUAAUUUUUUGGAAUGUAGUGGAUGUUGGAUCGUUUUUUGUUUGUUAAAAAUGGUAAUGUUUGCCUUUGUUUGUUAUAUAUCUAAUUAAACCUAAUACAAAAAUAAUAAUUCUGA